UAUUCCAAUUUUUUUAUUUUUUUUUUGAAUGGAAAAAGUGAAAUUAAUAGGUACUCCUUUUAGUUUUUUCACAUAUAGAGUUAUUUGGGCAUUAAAGUUAAAGGGAAUAAAUUAUGAGUACAUAGAUGAAGACAUGUCGGAAAAAAGUUCUUUGUUAAUGAAAUACAAUCCAAUUCACAAGAAAGUCCCUGUGUUAAUUCAUGGUGACAAGACAAUUUGUGAGUCCAUGGUCAUCGUUGAAUAUAUCGAUGACACGUGGCAACUGAAUCCAUUGCUUUCGACCGACCCAUAUUAUCGAGCCAUGGCUCGAUUUUGGGUUACAUAUAUUGAAGAAAAGUCAAAUAGUACAUGGAAUGUAUUUUGCAACAUUGGAGAAGAGCAACAAAAUGCCAUAAAGGAGAGCCUUGAAAUGUUUAAAACCAUAGAGGAAAAUGCUUUGGGAGAAAACAAUAAGUUAUUUGGUGGUGAAAAUAUUGGAAUUGUUGACAUAGCUUUUGGAGGUUAUGCUCAUUGGUUGGAAAUUAUUGAAGAAAUUGUUGGAGUGAAAUUACUUGAUCCUCAUAAUUUUCCUAAACUCAACAAAUGGAUCAAAAAUUUCAAACAAGUUCAAGCAAUCAAAGAUAAUUUGCCUAAUCAUGAUGAGAUGUUAGUGUACAUGAAGAAUGCUAGAGAAAAGAUGUUAGCAUCUCCGUAAUCAGAGGCGGAGUCAGGAUUUCUGCUGAGGGAUUCAAAAUCUGAAGAAAAAUUCAUCGGGUUCAAUAUCUACAAUAUAUAUAUAUAUAUACAUAAAAAUCAUUUUACUCAUGUAUUAAUUUUCUGUUGAAGGGGGUUCGGACGAACCCCCUACUACUAGGAUGGCUCUGCCUUGGUUCGUAACGAGACAAGUUCGUACGUUGAGUAUGAAGUUGUUUUUGUUAGAGAGCAAUUUACAUCUCUGUGGAACUUUUUCAUGAAUCUGAAUUGAAUUAGUCGGAUGGGGCGAAUCUAGUGUGAUGGUUUUUAGAUCAUGUAUUUCAAUAAUUGUAUAAGAAUCUUUGGCUUGGAACCUAGUCCAUUAGUUUGAUUAUUAUUGUAAAGUGUAAAAUGUAUUAAUUUGAGAUUGUUAUAAGAACUUAUAAAUUUAAAAUUUUAG